AUGAUAUAAUAGAAAAAAUAUUUCAAUAAUAUAGAAGAUUUUUUAAACUCUUCACUUUAAUCUCACUCAGAUAUCUAAAUUGAACUCAUUAAUGAUGAUAAAUUUAGUAAUGAACGUGCAUCAGAAUUAGGUUCUGCUUUUUCAAACUGCACUAAUCUGUCAAAUUUGACACUUUAUAUUGGUAAAAAUUAAAUUGGUGCAUCUGGUUUAAGUUCUGCUUUAGCAAACUGCACUAAAAUAUAAAAUUUGGCUCUUUAUAUCGGAGAGAACGAAAUAGAUGGUGAAAGUGCGUCAGUCUUAGGUUCUGCUUUAGCCAAAUGUACCAAUCUUUCAAAUUUAAUACUUGAUAUUAGGGGAAAUAAAAUUGGUGAUUAGGGUGCAUCAAGCUUCUGUUUUGCUUUAGCUAACUGCAUUAAGCUCUCAAGUUUAGCACUUUAUUUUGUUGACAAUUAAAUUGGAGAACUUGGUGCAUAAGCUUUAGGUUCUGCUUUAACUAACAGCAAAAGUCUCUCAAAUUUAGAAUUUUAUCUUAGUGGCAAUUAAAUUAGUGAAACUGGUGUUUAAGGUUUAUGUUCUGCUUUAGCAAAGUGUGCUAAUCUCUCAAGUUUGACGCUUGAUUUUGGGUAAAAUAAAAUUGGUUCAACUGGUGCUUUGAGUUUGGACUCUGCUUUAGCUAGUUGCACUAAUCUCUUAAAGUUGACACUUUAUUUCUAUAAUAAUUAAAUUGGUGAUACUGAUGCUCUAGGUUUAGGUUCUGGUUUAGCUAAAUGCCCUAAUCUUUCGAAUUUGACACUAAGUCUUAUUUCUAAUAAAAUUGGUGAAAUUGGUGCAUCAGGUUUAGGUUCAUCUUUAGCAAACUGCGUUAAUCUCUCAAGUUUGAGACUUUACCUUGGGUUGAAUGAAAUCAAUGAUAAGGGCGCAUCAGGUUUGGUCUAUGCCUUAACAAAAGUCACUAAUCUCUCAAGUUUGACACUUGAUCUGAUGAAAAACAGAAUCAAUAAAUCAGAAAAAUUUGAGGUCAAAAGCAAGUGCAUUAAAUUAAAAAAAUUAGUUGUUAAAAGAAUAUAUUUAUGA